AUAUUAGUUACUCACGCGUCCAGCCAAUCACAACGUGAUACGUCAUCAUUAAGCGCAGGUCCCCACCUCCAAGCCGUUCAGGCCAAGCCGAUCUGGAAGCUCCGCCGCUUCAAAGGUCCACAUUUGCUCGGGAGGAAUGCGGUAGGCGGGGCCGCUGAGGCUGGUGUCAAACUUUGGGAAUGACAGGAGUGCUGCAGGAUCCGCAAAGAAGGGGAAGUGUCGCCCUCGCCGGCUGUGUUUGGAUUACUUUGACUUGUUCUCCGGAUUCACCGCCUCGCCGCAGAUAGUUCCAAACCUCAGCGGACUCUUCAGCCAACAUCGUCACCGUCAUGUCGGAGGACCUGAGCUCCCAACCCUGGUCCAUCAAUAGGGAUGAUUAUGUGCUACAUGAGGUGAUUGGAAGUGGGGCGACUGCAGUGGUCCAAGAAGCUUACUGUGUACCACGCAAGGAGAAGGUGGCCAUCAAACGCAUCAACCUGGAGAAAUGCCAGACAAGUAUGGAUGAACUCCUGAAAGAAAUUCAGGCCAUGAGCCAGUGCCACCACCCCAAUAUCGUGUCUUACUACACAUCCUUUGUCGUAAAGGAUGAGCUGUGGCUGGUUAUGAAGCUGCUCAGYGGUGGCUCGGUGCUGGACGUGAUCAAGCAUAUCAUCUCACGAGGUGAACACAAGACGGGCGUCCUGGACGAGGCCAGCAUAGCCACCGURUUGAAAGACGUGCUCGAGGGCUUGGAGUACCUGCACAAGAACGGACAGAUCCACAGAGACCUUAAGGCUGGAAACAUUCUCCUUGGAGAUGAUGGUUCAGUGCAGAUUGCAGACUUUGGCGUCAGCGCCUUUCUAGCCACAGGUGGUGACAUGACCCGAAACAAAGUGCGCAAGACGUUUGUGGGGACGCCAUGCUGGAUGGCCCCAGAGGUCAUGGAGCAGGUGAGGGGUUACGAUUUCAAAGCUGAUAUUUGGAGUUUUGGAAUCACAGCAAUUGAGCUCGCCACUGGAGCCGCACCUUAUCACAAAUACCCACCAAUGAAGGUCUUGAUGCUUACGCUGCAGAAUGAUCCACCAACCCUUGAGACCGGCAUCACAGACAAGGAGAUGGUGAAGAAAUAUGGCAAAUCUUUCCGGAAGAUGGUCUCUUUGUGUUUACAGAAGGAUCCAGAGAAAAGGCCAACCUCGUCAGAGUUGUUGAAGCAUAAAUUCUUUCAAAAAGCAAAGACUCACGAGUACUUACUGGAGAAGUUAAUACACAAGACGCCCACAAUAACAGAGAGAUCGAAAAAGGUACGUCGGGUGCCAGGCUCCAGCGGGCGUUUGCAUAAAACAGAGGACGGUGAAUGGGAGUGGAGCGAUGAUGAACUUGAUGAAGAAAGUGAAGAAGGCAAAGCAGCCGUCGCAGGUUUAAGAUCACCCAGAGUGAAAGAAGGAGCGCCGAAUUCAGAGAUGUUCCCGAUUCCUGAGCCUUUAAGUAGUCACCUCCAGCCUCCGGCCACAGGUCAGCUGGAGCUACCUCAGGCUGCAGGUCAACCUCCGCUGCAGCCCACGCAGGUCAACCCCCAACCAACGGCCCUGGCUGAGCCCCCCCCGCUCAGUGUGCCCACUCAGAUCCCAUCAGCUUCAGGCGACGUUCAGUCUCCAAUUAGUUUGGUAUUAAGGUUAAGAAAUUCAAAGAAGGAACUAAAUGACAUCCGCUUUGAAUUUAUGCCAGGAAGGGACACAGCAGAUGGCGUGUCCCAGGAGCUGGUGUCAGCAGGUCUGGUGGACGGGAAAGACCUCGUAAUAGUUGCUGCAAAUUUGCAGAAAAUAGUUGAUGAGCCUCAACCCAGUAAAAAUGUCACUUUCAGACUGGCCUCUGGAAUCGAGGGAUCUGAAAUUCCAGAUGAUGUCAAGUUGAUGGGCUUCGCUCAGCUCACCAUUUGUUAAAAAUAAUCAUCCCACUUGGGACCGUGACUUGCCUAAAAAAAUGUGAAAAUAAUAAUAAAAAAAUAGUUUAAUGCUUUUUCCCCCCCCAUGGCUGUAAAGAAACCACUACUGCCAAAGAAAAUAGUACCAUUUUUGCUACCCAUAGGAUUAUCUGAGACCGCCUUGUUGGAUCUGAAGCGUCAGAACGUACGGUGGGGAAAUAAAAGUUUACAGUGUAAAUGUAGAACGAUGUGAGCGUUUACAAAAAAAACAAACUGCUUUCAUUUCACCAGUCUGAUUUCCCCUCGUUCUCUUUAACAUGUGAUGCAUUUGCACAAUCUGAACUAACGCCCUUGAAUCCUGAUUCUAAACAGUAACAAUGCCUUAUUUUCAUAAGAACUACUGAAUGCACGUUUUUCAGGAUGUCUGCUGUUACCGUGUUGUCUGAGAUGCACAAAUGUGGCUUCAGGUGCUAAUGCCAAAUUAUUUACUUUAUAUUAUAGAGGUUUUUUUUUAACUUGACCGAAUGAAAAUCAAACGUAUUACUUUUUUCCUCUUUCUUUCUCCAGAAGAAUGUGAUCAUUAUAUGUCUUUACAAAGUGAGGUUGGUUAUAUUUAUCUUUUUGRGACCUUCAGUUUUAAAAAUCUCCACUAUCUAGAUAAUCUAGAUAUUUUCAGUGUCAAAUUUGAAGGCUACAGUUUUACUCWAAUUCAAGUCACAGUUUUUCAAGGUAAUAAAAUUUCUUAGAAAUAAAAUAAAGGCAAAAUACAGACAAAUGUUAAGUUUGGCUACAAUAAUUUAAAAGUGUUUUCUCUCCAAAAAAAAAAAGCAGCAGCUGGAAACCCAAACAUUUUCUGACUGGUUUUAUUGGGUUUAAGGAAUUCUUAGAGAAAAAGAGUUAAAGGUAUAGUGCAGAUAUUUUUCUUUUAAGUAGGGUUCUGUGAAAAGGUGAUGAACAAUCAAUAUCUUACCUGUUCUGGAUAGAUUUUUGAAUGGCUAACCUGAGCAUGAUCAAGACCAGAAUGGAUUUUUGUAGUUUUAACCAACUCCAUCGUUUUCACAGUUAAUUGUUAUUUUGGCAAAGUUAGAUGAUAUUCCAGCUUGGAAAGCUGCGCUACAGCUAGCUUGCCACAGAAUUCUAUGUAAAUAAGUGUCAUUCGAAGUCGAUGACGUAAAGAUUUAUAAUAUAUCUGCAUGAACCACUGAAGUUUYUGAGAUUGGAGCUGUUUAAAGACUGCGGAUAAUCCCCUUUUUGUCUCUGCUUCACUCAGAUUAGCUGUUAGCUUACUUGUCUGUUGAGGAUUAAACUCUAGGUGGUGUCUGACUGAGCUGCGACUAGAUUAGGAAAGCAAAAUUGUGAGAAAACGGACAAUUUUUUUAAAUUGCAGUUUUGCUGAAUUCUGAAUAUUUGCGACCAGCAAGCUGCGCCGACACAUUCAGAAAACUACAGCUGUUUUUGCGUGCACGAAUUGUAAAACUACUCUCGUCUGGGCUCAUCAUUUUAUUGCCCACGUUAUUCUCAUCUGAGUUCGGUUCGUACCCUCCUCAGCAGACGACCCUACAUUUAGACUGAAGKUUUUAAAUCAUUAUAAAUCGUGUUUUUGUUUUUACCUGGAUCUGUUCGAGCCUCCUGUGCAGGUUUCAAAAUAAAACGAGACGAGUUGGAGAUGCCCGCAAUGACUCUUAGGAAAAUUUGUGGUUCCAAUGUUGAAAAACCUCAACCAAUAAGAUUGCAUGACUUGAGACAUUUUGGAGACUUCAUGUCGCAGCUCUGUAUAAUUCUGACCUAAUUGUUCAAAUAAAGGUUGCUCAGUUAUCCAUCAACAGGUAAGAUGCUAUUGUUUUCCACAGACCCCAUUUCAAGAGAUCUAAAACCACUUUAAUUUGUUUACCUUCGAAGGAUUAUUUUAAUUCRAUUUAAUGUAGAYGUUUUGGUGCUGAGUUUCACACUUYGCCUUUAUUCUGUCUCAUGACAGGCAGACAAACUUUGAUUCUCGUUCCAAUAAUCUGCAUUUUUUCCUUAUUUGAUUUUUGCCCUUGAAAGGUUGAAAUAUUUAUUUUACUUUGAAGCCACAGUUUCUCACAUUCCCCAGUUUACUACCAAAUUUGUCUCCACUCCUUUUGAAAUGCGAGUGAAGGUCCUAAAUGUGUUUUUUUAAAUUAUUUUAACCAACAAUCUCAGCUCAACACAUCAAUUCUUUACACAAAUUUAAAACUCAGCCAUGAUUGUAAACCGUUUCACUGAUGGCAAAAGAAGUUGAAAUUUUGUGUGUGUGUGUGUGUGUGUGUGGAAACGAGGCCAUUUUUUGAGCACAGAUCCUACAUAUCCUUUCAUCCACGCUCUGGAUGACUUUGUGCAUUAUCCUGCGUUAACGACACGAUCUGAGGAAGGAUCGGAGUGCGGCGGCAGAUUUCUGUAAAGGUCUGCUUUCUGAGAAGAUCUGAGACGCCCACUAGAGGUUUUGUGAUUUAAAUUGGCAACAUGAUGGUGCCGUCACUCCUGCAGAUGUCUUUGAGUGGAAAAGAAAAGUGUAGUUUUUGCUUGGAGGAAAAGAAAUGUUGAGGAUGCUUUAAAUUUUUGUCUAUGAAGAUGUAAAAAUUUACUCUAGCCUUAAACAGAGUGGGGGUUUUUCCUGCUUUUUUGUUUUGUUUUGUUUUUUUUUUUGGCUGGAUUAAGGGGAGAUUUUUAUUUAGACGUCAUCAAAAUGUACUUCUUCACAUGAAAACUGAAAUAAAGAUACAGUUCUCCUGAAAGAGAA